UCCCGGGGCAGCGUCUCGGUCCAGCUGACUCUGUGCCAACAAAACGCUUCCUGCUUGGCCGGUUUUAUCGCCUUCCUCGUCGUGGGGUUGGCAGAAAGCUGACCUCCUGCGAGGGCUGGGCACCAAAGGAAGUCCUUAUGUGGGAGGCACAGCUGAGUGGUUGUCAAAGGCCAUUUAAGGGCCUGCCGUCACUCCCUUGAGGUCACGGGCAUGCCCCAGAAUAGGCUGAGUCCCGUGGGGUGGACAGGGGCUCAAGACGGUCUCGGGACUCCUGCAGUCCGGGACACCAGCUUGGGUUUCGGUUCCGGUGAGUUCUGGGUCUGAGAACAGCAGCUGGCUCGCACUCUGCGGAGGGCGGGCCGGUCACCAUAGCGACGCCAAUCCUGGGCGGCGCCCGCCCGCGCGGGAGUCCGUGAGUCCUGGGUCCCGGACUCUUAGAGGCGGAAGCGCGCCGGGAGAGUCAUGCUUCGCGGGACCCUCUGGCUGUUGCUGCUGAUGCCACUGCGCCCCCCGGGCACGCAGGGCCACCGUGGUGCCAAAAGCCCGGGGCAGGAGGCCGAAGAGCCGGCCCCUUGGCCGGGUGUCCAGCGCCUGCAGGAGCAGCUGAGGACGGUCGGGGCCCUCUCCAGACGGUACUGGACGCUCUUCAGCUGCUCCGUGUGGCCCGAUCACUGCGAGGACCAGGAGCCCCCCGCGCCGCCGCUGGGCUGGAGCCUUCCUCUGUGGGGCCGGCGGUCCCUGGAUAGGCUCGCCGAGUGGUUCUGCCGCUUUCAAGACUGCUGCACCCGUGGCGGGGACUGCAGGAUCUCCAACAACUUGACAGGUUGGCGCUGGCGUGAUUUCCAGGGUCCAGGAACUCUGGGGGGAGAGGGGUGGGCGACCGUGGAGAAGCGACUAGUUGAGAAACUUACCCUCCACCCUUCCCCCUCCUCCAGUGAGAGGAAAGUCGGCCUCGGUGCCCCGCUGCACCUGCGCCGAGGAGACAGGAGCCCACGCCCCUCCGAGGUCUGCAGCUCCCCGCGUCCCGUGCAGGAGGAGCUGCGGUGGCAGAUGCAGGAGACGCGGCGGCGCUGCCAGCAGAGCAUGUUCAUCUUUGACGAAGCGGAGAAGCUGCACCCGGAGCUGCUGGAGCUGCUUGGACCCCACCUGGAAGCCAGGGUCCCCGAGGCCCAGGGCGCGGAACCGCCACGCGCCAUCUUCCUCUUUCUCAGUAACCUUGGGGGCAGUGUCAUCAAUGAAGUGGUCCUGGGUUUGCUGAAGGCUGGAUGGUCCAGGGAGGAAAUUACGAUGCACCACUUGGAGACUCCCCUUCAAGCUGAGAUCCUGGAGUCUGCAGACAGCAGCUUCGGCUCCAGCCGUCUUGUGAAGGAAAACCUUAUUGACCUCUUCGUCCCCUUCCUGCCACUGGAGUACCGCCAUGUGCGGCUGUGUGUCCGGGACGCCUUCCUGAGCCAGGACCUCCCCUACACAGAGGCGGCCCUGGAUGAAAUCGCCAAGAUGAUGACGUAUGUCCCUGAGGAGGAGCGGCUUUUCUCUUCCCAGGGCUGCAAAUCCAUUUCCCAGAGAAUCAACCUCUUCCUGCCUUGAGUCUUCCCUCACCAGAGAGAGCCUGAAUGUGCCAGGCACCCUGGUCCAGCACCACUGCUUCAGCUAGUGCAGAAGGCAGACCUUAACAGAAGCAGCUAGUUCUUAAAAUCACUUGGUGCCUUACAGACUUGCAUUCUAGACAUUCUGUAAUUUGGGCCCGGAAGUCAGAAAGCCAUCGGGAAGUCCCAAGUGCCAAAGGGUCCCCGGAACUCUCCCUCCAGCCUCUUGGCACCAUAGCUCUUCCCAGAAGGCAGCUGGACUUGGAGCAGGAGUCUGAGGCUGCAGGAUUCUAGGACUACAGAACAUGGAAGGAUGGAGAUGGAUGGCUCCGCAGAGGUGUGCUCCAUCCAGGUCUGUAGCCGUGGGCUGGCUUUCUAGAGGACGAGGGGUCAGCUUGUGUGUGUGAGCAGAUCAGCAAAGGGCCUUGGCUGAAGGGAAAACCACAUGCUUUCAGACCAUGCCAGUGACGGGUGUGGCACAUACGUGAGAUCCCAGCAUUGAGUAGGCUAAUACAGGAGAGCGCUCAGGAGACCUGAGCUGCCUCGUGAGUUUGAGGCCAGCCAGGCGUGACAAACAAAAACCACACGUGUGUUCUAUAGACUGAACACUUGUUCUUCUUUAGAUUAGGGGCCUUGCUAUGUAAUGGUGUAUGUAUAGAUUAAAUUUUGUAUUUUUCUAACGUC